AUGUCAUCUUUCAAGAUGGAUAUAUCUGAUCUGGAUAUCUCCCCUCCACUUAAAAAGGAUGAAAAACCCAAGGAGAAGCCAAAAGAAUCGUCAUCCAGGGGAAAGGAUAAAGGAAAAGCUGACCAUUUUGCUUUUGCAUUUGAUUUUGAUGAGUUGGACAAUUUCAAUUUCGAGUCAAAUUUAACAAAAGAUGUCUCAAAAGCUGAAAAAGACAAAAAUAAGGAAGGUACUUCUCUUAGUGGAAGGGGGUGUGAAGAAGAGGAAGGUUCCAUGCACAAGAAAGAUACUGGAAGUACGACUGUUUCAGAAGAUUGGGCACAAAAGCCAUCUCUAAAUGGGACUACAAUGAAUGUUGAUAUGGAUAGCUCGGUUGGAGAAGAUGCAGAUCCUGGACCCGUAAAAGAAAACCUACCUUCUAAAGUUGCAAUGGAUGAUGGUGAUACUCCAGAACAUUCAGCUGCUAUUCAUGAAUCUGAUAAAGCAACGAGUCAUUUUGAUACAACAACUGCUUUUAUAGAGUUACCUAAAGUGGGUCCAUCUGAUAAUUUGGUUUUAGCCAAACCAGUUCAGCUUGAAGAUUGUACUGGAAGUGAUGAUGGCAAGGAAAUCUCAUCUGAUUCUCGCUUUAGAAAUGAGCCGACCGGAGACCAUUCAUCAGAGGAACACGAUGACGCUAAUUCCACAAGUACGAACACAACUAGUGCAAAUGGAAAACAAGAUUUUGAUCAUGUGUCUAUUAACAGUUCAUCCUGUCAUUACAAAUCUGCAAUACCUGUCAACUCGCACCUCCUCCAUACUGUUGAGAUUGCUGAGGAGAAUACUGGAAUACUCGGUGACAAAACAUCUACCAGGGAGAACAAUUUGGAGAUUUUGAAGUCAAACUUUGUCGGUCAAACAGCUGAUCUGUCAGAGAAAGAAACAGAUGAAGGAAGAGAGCCAAGUGCACCCUGCUCAAAAUCUUUCAUUCAGUCAGAGAAACCAGUAUGUCCUGCACCGGAUGUCUCAAACCAGACAACAUUUGCCCCAUUAAGUACUAGAAAGAUAGGCACCCUUCAAUCCAGUCUAGUUGAACGGAAAAGUCUGAUGUCCAGUGCUGAGGGGCUAGAAAACAGGAAGAAGCUGAAUGAUUCUUCUAGCUCACUAGGUAAGGAGACGGAAACAACAAAAGAGAAGAGCAUGAAAGAUACGGAACCUCUUAGAAGCUCUGGCUCUUCCUUUUCCUUGGAGGUGAACAAAAAUGCAGCACAGAAGGGAUUUCCAAUUUCCUUAGCAGCUAUUCGAUUAAGUAAUAAACAAAUUCCUGCUGAAGGACAUAAUAAGCUUUUCUCGAUUGAACGUGGUAGGAAGACCCCUGAACCCCCUGGCGUGAAACUCCAAUGUUUAAACGUUGAGUUAACAAAGUCCUCAAUUCGGAAAGAUGUCAAUCCAAUUGGAAGCACUGUUCAGAACAGGGUUUUAUUAAGGAAAUCAGCAUCUGAUAUUGCUCACUCAUCAAACUCCCAGAAACCUACUGUCCAAUCCUCAAAGAGAAAAACACCGGAGGGGGUCACCGCAAACAUUACUAUCUUGAAUCCAUCCAAAAGACUCAUCCAAUCACCUACUGCUGGCAGAAUUGUUGUGGACACAUCAGAAAAGGUUGUUGACCUAAAGGUACCCAACCACAGUAGCAUCGAAAAUAACAGCAUCAAAAGUACAAUGGUCAACACCCAAUUCUCUACACUUAAGAUUCCUCAUGAGGCAAAGGUCAAAGAAAUACUCUCUACAAACAUUCCUCAUGAGGCAACGGUCAAAGAAGUGAACAUGUCAUUCUCGAUUGAGAGUAAUAACAACAUCAAACAAGCUGAAGCUUAUGGCAAGGAACUAGACGAUCUGUGCAAUAUGCUGAGGAAGAAACAUGAUGAAGCGAAAGAACUAUUGGUUCAGGCUGUCGUGAACAGCAAUAAGCUGCUGAUGGUCAACAAUCCCCUUCUACAUGAGAAGAUAUCCUUUUCUGUUGAAUUACUAGUUUAA